CCCUAGCGUUCGCCGAGGCCCAGAGAUGGGUGGAGGCAGUAACAGAGAAGAAUUUUGAAACAAAGGAUUUUCGAGCUUCUCUAGAGAAUGGUGUUCUGUUGUGUGAUUUGAUUAAUAAACUUAAACCUGGUGUCAUUAAGAAGAUUAAUAGACUGUCCACACCAAUAGCAGGUUUGGAUAAUAUAAACGUUUUUUUGAAAGCCUGUGAACAGAUUGGAUUGAAAGAAGCCCAGCUCUUCCAUCCUGGGGACCUACAGGAUUUAUCAAACCGAGUCACUGUCAGGCAAGAAGAGACUGAUAGGAGAUUGAAAAAUGUUUUGAUAACAUUGUACUGGUUGGGAAGAAAAGCACAAAGUAACCCCUACUAUAAUGGACCCUAUCUUAAUUUGAAAGCAUUUGAGAAUCUUUUAGGACAAGCUCUGACUAAGGCUCUGGAAGACCCCAGGUGCCUGAAAAGGAGUGGCAGGGACAGUGGUUACGGUGAUCUCUGGGGUGCCGAACGGGGAGAGUUUCCUCCUCCUCCAGGCAGCCAUAAGAGAGAAGAUUCAUUUGAAAGCUUGGACUCUUUCGGGUCCAGGUCAUUCACAAGCUGCUCCUCUGAUAUCACACUGAGAGGGGGCCGUGAAGGUUGCGAAAGCGACACAGAUUCUGAAUUUCCAUCCAAGAUGCAGGAUUAUAAUAAAGAUGAUAUGUCCUAUCGAAGGAUUGCAGCUAUUGAACCAAAAUCUGCUUUACCAUUCAAUCGUUUUUUGCCCAACAAAAGUAGACAGCCAUCCUACAUGCCAGCGCCAUUGAGGAAGAAAAAGCCGGACAAAUAUGAGGAUAACAGAAGAAGUUGGGCGAGCCCGGUCUAUACAGACGCGGAUGGAACAUUUCCAAGUAAUGAGAGGAGAACUUGGGGGACCAAAGUGGAGAACUGGCCAACAGUACAGGAAACUUCAAACUCCUCUUGUUACUUGGAAGAGAAAGAAGAAAAGACAAGUACACCCAACACCCUAAAGGAUGAUCUUUAUGUACGAAAGCUAAGUCCAAUCAUGCCAAACCCAGGCAAUGCUUUUGACCAGUUUCUUCCCAAAUGUUGGAUCCCAGAAGAUGUGAACUGGAAAAGAAUAAAAAGAGAAACUUACAAACCAUGGUAUAAAGAAUUUCAGGGAUUCAGUCAGUUUUUAUUACUUCAGGCCCUCCAAACAUAUUCUGAUGACAUCUUGUCUUCUGAAACAAACACCAAAAUUGAUCCCACUGCCGGCCCUAGGCUCAUAACACGCAGGAAGAAUCUCUCUUCUGCCCCAGGGUAUAAAAGAGACGACCUCGAGAUGUCAGCCUUAGAUCCUGACUUAGAGAAUGAUGAUUUCUUUGUCAGAAAGACUGGUGCUUUCCAUGCAAAUCCGUAUGUUCUCCGUGCUUUCGAAGAUUUUAGAAGGUUUUCUGAACAAGAUGAUCCUGUGGAGCGAGACAUAAUUCUGCAGUGUAGAGAAGGCGAACUUGUACUUCCAGAUCUAGAAAAAGAUGAUAUGAUUGUUCGCCGCCUUCCAGCACAGAAAAAAGAGGUGCCUCUCUCAGGGGCCCCUGAUAGAUACCAGCCAGUCCCUUUCCCUGAACCCUGGACGCUUCCUCCAGAAAUUCAAGCCAAGUUUCUCUGUGUACUUGAAAGGACAUGCCCAUCCAAAGAGAAAAGAAAGAGCUGUAGAGUAUUAGUGCCUUCCCACAGGCAGAAGAAAGAUGACAUGCUGACUCGCAAGAUCCAGGCUUGGCAGCUGGGGACGACCGUGCCUCCGGUCAGUUUCACCCCUGGCCCCUGCAGCGAGGCGGACCUGCAGAGGUGGGAGGCCAUCCGGGAGGCCAGCCGACUUAGGCACAAGAAACGGCUCAUGGUCGAGAGACUCUUUCAAAAGAUUUAUGGUGAGAAUGGGAGUAAGUCCAUGAGUGAUGUCAGCGCCGAGGAUGUUCAGAACUUGCGUCAGCUGCGUUACGAGGAGAUGCAGAAAAUAAAAUCACAAUUAAAAGAACAAGAUCAGAAGUGGCAAGAUGACCUUGCAAAAUGGAAAGACCGUCGAAAAAGCUACACUUCAGAUCUGCAGAAGAAAAAAGAAGAGAGGGAAGAAAUUGAAAAGCAGGCGCUUGAGAAGUCUGAGAGAAGCUCGAAGACAUUUAAGGAGAUGCUGCAGGACAGGGAAUCUCGAAAUCAAAUGUCCGCAGCUCCUUCGAGAAGGAGGUUGCUUUCUUCUGAUGAUAUCCUGCACGAAGACACGCUUUCCCCUAGGCUGACCGCGUCGGAAGCAAGUUACCAGAGUGAGAAAGUAGAAGAGAAAGGAGUGACGUGUUCUGCAGAAGUUCCUAAACAGGAUUCUACAGCUUUUGCAAAAGGAGCGGACGCUGCAGCUGCUGAAAUUCCGCUUCCUUCUCCAAGCCCCAUGGAAGAGCAACACCCAGACCCUUUGUCUCCUCAGCAUUCACCGAGUACACAAACCAAGUCGACUCGGAUUUCAGCCUCUCUCCCCAGAAGUUACCAGAAAACUGAUACAGCCAGGUUAACAUCUGUGGUCACAGCGAGACCUUUUGGCUCUCAGGCAAGAGGAAUCUCCUCACUCCCGAGAUCCUACACGAUGGAUGCUGGUUGGAAGUAUAAUGGAGACAUGGAAGAUGUUAAGAGAACUCAGAGCAGUUUGGGCAGCGCCUCUGUGCAGAACCCUGCCACCAGCCAGCUUGCUACCGGCAGGUCCAGUGAGAGAGAGGGAGCAGUGGUGGAAGCAGGUGUGAUGCAGCUGCCCUCUCCUACCCCCUCGCUCUCAUCACUUUCCCAGGACGAAGCUGCCACGUCUAAAGCCACAUUGUCCUCCCCUGACUUAACGUCUGAGCUUGGAGAAGGGGGAAGCUCACCACAGACAGAGGUCUCAAGAUCCUCACAGGAUCAGUUCAGUGAUAUGAGAAUCAACAUACACCAGACGCCUGGGAGCGGUCUUGACUUUGGGUUUACAGUAAAAUGGGUGUUUUCUGGGAUCUUCGUCGCGUCAGUUGAAGCAGGCAGCCCAGCAGAAUUUUCUCAGCUACAGGUAGAUGAUGAAAUUAUUGCUGUUAACAACACCAGAUUUUCAUCUAAGGACACACAAGAGUGGGAGGCAACCAUGGCUAAUGCUCAAGAAACGGGAAACCUAAUAAUGGAUAUCAGACGCUAUGGAAAGUCUGACUGGGGCAGAGACCAGACUUCCCUGCCAUUUACACGGCAUAAAACCCUCAAUCUCACCAGUAUGGCUACCAAAAUUAUAGGUUCACCUGAAACAAAGUGGAUUGAUACAACUUCUGGAAUUUACAACUCAGACAAAUCUUCAACUCUGUCAGUAACGACUGAUUUCUCAGAAAGCCUCCAGCAUUCUAAUACUGAAUCCAAGGAAAUUAAUGGAAUUCGUGAUGAAAGUAAUACUUUUGAAUCAAAAGCAUCUGAACCUAUUUCUUUGAAAAACUUAAAAAGGCGAUCACAAUUUUUUGAACAAGGAAGCUCUGAUUCUGUGGUUCCUGAUCUUCCAGUUCCAACCCUCAGUGCCCCGAGCCGCUGGGCGUGGGAUCAAGAGGAGGAGCGGAAGCGGCAGGAGCGGUGGCAGAAGGAGCAGGACCGCCUGCUGCAGGAAAAAUAUCAACGUGAGCAGGAGAAACUCAGGGAAGAGUGGCAAAGGGCUAAGCAGGAAGCUGAGAGAGAGAAUUACAAGUACUUGAAUGAGGAACUGAUGGUCCUGAACUCAAACAGCAUUUCUCUGACCGCCCGGGAGCCUGCCGGCACCAGCUGGGAAGCCACCUGGAGUGAGGGGUCCAAGUCCUCCGACCGGGAAGGAACCCGAGCAGGAGAAGAGGAGAGGAGACAGCAGCAAAAGGAGGCUGCGGACGAGGACCAACGAAAGAAGUUGCAGGAACAACUCACUCUUGAGAAAGAGACGAAACCAGAGGAGCAACAGAAUCAGAAUCCGGAACAGAAUCGGGAAGAGCAGGAACAGAAGCAGCAUCAGGCGGAGGCCGAGGAGCGCAAGCACCAGGCAGAGAGAGAGAGGGAAACCUCAGUCAGAAUAUACCAAUAUAGAAGGCCGGUUGAUUCCUAUGAUCUACCAAAGAGAGAGGAAAAAUCCCCAGGGUUGCUUCCUAGUGACCGGAAUAAGUCCAGAUCCACUACUGAACUGGAUGAUUACCCUACAAAUAAAAAUGGAAGCAGUAAAUAUUUAGACCGAAUUGGGAGUACUAGCUCAUCACAGAGAAGCUCCAAGAAGGAACAGGUCCCAUCAGAAGCAGAGUUAGAGAGACAACAAAUCCUUCAAGAAAUGAGGAAGAAAACGUCUCUUCUCCAUGACAACAGCUGGAUCCGACAGCGUAGUUCCAGUGUCAACAAAGAGCCCAUUUGUCUGCCUGGGAUUAUGAGAAGAGGUGAGUCUCUAGAUUACCUGGACUCCCCAAGAUCCAAUUCUUGGAAACCAUCCCCUUGGCUCAAUCAGUCGUCAGGAGUUCAUGCUUCCUUCUCCGUUCAAGACUUCAGUCGUCCACCACCUCAGCUGGUGUCCACGGCAAACCGUGCCUACAUGCGGAACCCGUCCUCUGGCGUCCCCCCUCCUUCCCCUGGUUCCGUGAAGACCGCCACCACGCCUUCUCCCACCCCACGCAGCCAUUCUCCUACAGCACCACAGCCGGGCUCCCAGCAACGCAACAGGUCAGUCAGUGGGAAGCGCAUGUGUUCCUACUGUAAUAACAUUCUGGGCAAAGGAGCCGCCAUGAUCAUCGAGUCCCUGGGUCUUUGUUAUCAUUUGCAUUGUUUUAAGUGCGUGGCCUGUGAGUGUGACCUCGGAGGCUCCUCUUCAGGAGCUGAAGUCCGAAUCAGAAGCCACCAACUGUACUGCAAUGACUGCUAUCUCAGAUUCAAAUCUGGACGGCCAACCGCCAUGUGAUGUAAGCCUCCCUGCGAAAGCACUGUUGCAGAUAGAAGAAGAGGUGGUUACUGCCGGUGUAGAUCUAUAAAUACAUGUUGGAUGUCUUUUGUGCUCUUUUUUAAAAAGGAUGACACUUAUUUUUUGUUUUGCCUCUCUAGGUUACAUCAGAGCAUUAUAGUCUUGGUAGAACUUGUAUUUUUGUUGUUGUUUAUUUAUAAGAAGGUAAUUCUGUAUGGGGGGAAAAGUACAGUAUUUACUUUGAACUCAGCAUCCUAAAAGCACAAGGGAAAAACAUGAACUUCAAAAUAUUUUUGAU